GUAAAGUGCCGCUGUCGGCCUAGUUGCGAAAUUAGCCCACGUUGGAGCACGGAGUUCGUCUUGGACUCGUGCCUAUUCAGUCUAUCCCCAGUGUUCCUCCCCUCCCCCGCCGCACCCAGUUGCCUUGUUGCUUUCUCCUUCUCCAAGUAAACUCAGUUUCCACAGCUCCGCCGCGCCGCCGAUUCGCCAGCCAUGCCGACGGUAUGCAUAAAAUGGCAGAAGCAGGUAUUUCCAGGCAUAGAGAUUGAUACUAGCCAGCCGCCUAUGGUUUUCAAGACCCAGUUGUACACACUGACUGGUGUACCCCCUGAACGGCAAAAAAUUAUGGUGAAGGGUGGAAUAUUGAAGGAUGACACAGAUUGGUCAACUUUGGGACUUAAAGAUGGUCAAAAGUUGAUGAUGAUAGGUACGGCUGAUGAAAUUGUGAAAGCUCCAGAGAAAGGCCCCGUGUUUGUUGAAGAUUUACCAGAAGAAGAGCAAGCGGCUGCAUUGGGGCACAGUGCUGGUCUCUAUAACUUGGGGAAUACAUGUUACAUGAAUUCCACUCUGCAGUGUCUGCAUUCUGUUCCAGAGCUUAAGUCAGCAUUACUGAGUUAUUCAGAUAAUGUGAGGGGCAAUGGGGUGGAUCAAGCAUCCCAUAGUUUAACAGUUGCAACUCGUAAUACUUUCGGAGAGCUUGAUCAAAGCGUUCGACCAGUUGCACCUCUGCACUUCUUACAGAUGCUGCGGAAAAAAUACCCCCAAUUUGCUCAACAGCAAAAUAAUGUUUACAUGCAGCAGGACGCAGAGGAGUGCUGGACACAGCUGAUCUAUACGCUUUCUCAAACACUUACAUCAGAAGCAAGUGAACCGGCUGCUGCUCAGAUGAAGGAACUUUUCGGGAUUGAUCUUGUGAGCAGGGUACACUGUGCAGAAAGUGGUGAGGAGAGUUCAGAGGCAGAGUCGGUUUAUUCUCUGAAGUGCCAUAUAUCUCAUGAUGUAAACCACCUUCAUGAAGGACUGAAGCAUGGUUUGAAGACAGAACUUGAGAAGGUUUCCCCAUCACUGGGCCGGACUGCUAUUUACACAAGAGAGUCGAGAAUAAAUGAGUUGCCUAGGUACUUGACUGUGCAGUUUGUUCGUUUCUUUUGGAAAAGGGAGUCAAACCAAAAGGCGAAGAUUUUACGUAAAGUGGAUUACCCUCUGGAGCUUGAUGUCUAUGACUUCUGCUCGGAUGAGCUGAAACUAAAACUUCAAACUCCUCGACAGGUGCUGAGAGAUGCAGAAAGUGCCAAGUUUGGUUUGAAAGUAGAGGUGAAAACAAGCAGCUCACAGAAUAUCGAGGGGUCAUCAACUAGUGCUGGGGAAUCAUCUAGCAUAGACAUUGACAAAGCUGAUUCUUCUGUGCCAAAGAAACAAUUAACUGGCAUCUAUGAUUUAAUUGCUGUCUUGACACACAAGGGAAGAAGUGCAGAUUCUGGCCACUACGUUGGCUGGGUUAAGCAAGAUGAUGGAAAAUGGAUCGAGUUUGAUGACGACAACCCAAGCAUACGGAAGGAGGAAGAGAUUUUGAAACUAUCUGGUGGAGGCGAUUGGCACAUGGCAUAUAUCUGCCUUUACAAAGCUCGUGUUAUCUGAACCUGAGUUGAUAAGUUGUCAGCCGAAUUUGCUUUAUAUUUCUGAAGUUGUGUGCAUACCUUGCCUGUUUUGUGUGCCACAUGAGCGGAUGUAUUGAAGUAUUGAUGAAUUUUCCAGUUUGGUUCAAAUGAAGUGAUCAGUGUCCAUUCUGAUGUUCCUUAUCUACUACAGUAGAAUAUUUAUCAGCACUCAACAAAUAUGGAGAAAGAUUUGUUUGAUUUUUUAUUUAAACACCAUUUAUUUCCUGGAA